AUGUCCGUCUUUGGCAACGAUCAAGUUUCACGUGAGUUUUAUGCUUUUGUUAGUCAAGGCUCUGUUUUAACUGCUUCAGAAGCUCCAAGCGGCUCCAGACUGGCACAAUACCUGAAUGGACGGAAUCAGCAACAACAACCCCAACAACAGUUUAUGGAUCAGGUAUGGCAUGGGUUCUUAACUAACCUUUUAUUUUAUAGCAGCAACGGUUUAAUAAUAAUGGAAUGAAUGGGUUUAACACAACAGGUCAGUUUGUAUUUUAGGUAUUAAAACACAAAUUUUAGGAUAUAAUCAAAAUUAUAUUUUUUGAAAGUAAUACCAAAUUUGGGAAUUAAAUUGGCAUAAAAUUUUAAGUAUGACAUAAAUCUUAUGGUCCAGUUUAAGUGUACCAUAAAUCUUUUGUCAUAUUUAGGUAUAAAGCCAAAAUAAUUAACGAUCGGCUGUCUUAACACGUUUUUGUUUAGAAUUCGACCCGAAUCGGGGGUACAGCAACAAUUUCAUUCCUUCCAUAUCGAACGAAGAGGGCAUAAACAAGUCGGACUUGGCUAUGUUAACAGUAUGUUCUCUUAUCUUUUCAAAUGUUUAUCUGACGUUUUUGUAUAAUUUGUAAGCAGGAUAGUACCGCGGUAAUAUGCCUUCGCUCUUAGAGUUUUUUAAGUUAAUUAAUCACAUAUUUUGCUUUUUUAAAUGUUAUCUCGAAUAUAAUGUAAUAUUUUCAGACGAACAUACCUUUAGUGGGACUUCAAGUUUCAAACGAAGAUACCUUAAAACAACGAUGGGCCAAUGCGGGUCAUGGGUCUUUCUUUAGCGAGCCUGAUAUCAGAAACGUAAGUGUAAUGUUUGUGUUAUGGUUUUCUGUCUUUAGGGGAAGAUGCAACGGCUGUUUAAAAUUUUAACAUUAGGUUGAACCUCCAUGUUUAGAAGUUGAUACAGUGCCACAUUCAUCAGAUUAGAUAAAAAAUGUUAAAAUAAGUAAUCUUAAUGCGAAAAUAUUGUUGUAAUUUAGUAAAGUUUGUCGAUUUUAGGAAUUGAUGCAGCGCCAAAUAGCAAUGCAAUGUCACCAAAGCUCUUCGGCGAGUGAACCAGUUGUAGUGGAGCACUUGAGAAACUUGAGACAGAUUGGUAGGACACCUGUGAUGAGGUAUGGCCCAACGUGCAUGGAGUACACGUACAAGGGGAUGAAUGUGAACGACGGGCUAACUUACUCGAUUCAUAGGAUUAGCGGUAAGAUUAUAUUGUAUAAUGAAUAAGAGUUCUGUAUAAACUGAAGGUACAUGUUAUUAAAAUUAUUUUAUGUGUAUUAAGAAAGUAAUAUAAAAGUUUAAAAUUUUGUUACAGUUUGGCCUUCAAUUUUUAAUAUAGCUUGUGUUGCUUAUUUAUAAUGUGUAUCACAAUAUGUUUUUAGGCGUACGACAACUUAGUCCUUACGUGAUGAGCCAGCUAGACAAUUGGAGAAGGAUUUCUAAUUCAAACAUUGUUAGGUUUCACGAAGUUGUUCAAACAUGUGCAUGGAGUGAUAACUGUAAGGUUUAAAACUAUAAAAUUCAAACUUUAAAAGAAACACGUUUUUAAUAUUUGAAUUUUGUUGCUGUAGUAGUAUAUAUCUUGCUGAUUUCUAAAGUUUUAAUUGAAGUUGUAAUUUCAGCGGUAUUGUUUAUUUAUGAGUUCCAACCAUUGGCUGAGACGAUCCUUAAGCAUUUCUUCCAUUCAAAUGGAACCUUGAAGUCAAAAUACAGUGGCCAAGGUGUGACUGGGCUUUCCGAGCAGCUUGCUUGGUCAUUUAUAAUACAAAUAUCAUCUGCCAUCAGGACAAUACACUCUUCACAGAUGGCCUCGAGGUGUAUCGAUGUGAACCGGAUUAUGGUCAACGCUUCUGGGCGGUAGGUCUUUAACUUUAUGGUGUUUUGAUGCGUAGGAUGGGUUUAAAGAUUUACCUCUUAUAAAUGGUAACGUUUUAUCUUUCCAGGUUUGUCAUCACUGGGUCAGGUAUCCCGGACGCGUUGAGUGAACCCAACAAGAAUCUGAUUUCGCUUCAAAUUGAAGAUCUACGUAUGUUUGGUGCUGUUUUGUGUGCGCUAUUGAAUGGAUCUAUCAAUGGACAUUCGAAUGUAAAUAUCGAUAUGCAUUAUUCUUCGGACCUAAGGAAUGUAAUCAAGUAAGAGUUAUAUUAUUUAUUUAUUUAUUUAUUGAGUUAUAUUGUAUUAGCUUCAAGCUUGAUGUGUUCUUCCCUGUAUCAGUUGUAUUUUUUACUCGUUGUCUCUUUGAUCGUUUUAUUUUUAACUAUUCAUCCUUUUCAGAGUGUUAUGUAGUGCCCAUGCCAAUCCGAACCGAGUGACAUCAAUCAACGAGAUAAUGCCAAUGGUGGGAGCCAGAUUCUACGCACAAGUUGAAGCUCUUCAAAUCAGAAUUGACUUGUUGGAGAACGAUUUGGUCAAAGAACUACAGAACGGUCGACUUUUCAGAUUACUGUGCAUGUUGUGUACCGUAACAGACAGAAACUUGUAAGUCAUUUUAAAGUAAAAGGUGUUUUAUACUCUAAUAUGAUUUCGUUAUUUACAUUUUUAGGCCAAAGGAACCAUUUUGGUCAGAGCAAAGUGAACGUUACAUGUUGAAGUUGUUCCGAGACUUUGUGUUUCAUCAAGUUGAUCCUUAUGGACGGCCAGUAAUGGAUCUUGAACAUGUUGUUCUUUCAUUAAACAAGGUUUGUUUUUUGUUGCAAAUAUAGCGUCUGGUGACAUUUUAGUUUAGGUGGUUGUCUAUGGUCUAUUAUCAUAAUAAUAUGAGCUUUUUUAAUAAGAAUCAAUGCUUAUCUUCUGAUACAGAUCCUUUCUUAAAAUUCUUUUUUUUCAGUUAGACAGCGGAGUUGACGAAAUGGUACAAUUGGCAUCUAGCGACAACGAAAACAUUCUGCUGAACUCGUACAAGCAACUACGACAAUAUCUGGAAGGAUCCUUUGAUUAUCUAAAAUGCGAAAUGGAGACUCCGAUCACACCCGACCUCUCGAAGCCCGGUCCCUCAAUGUUGGGGCCGAACGGUCAGCCGAUGGCGCCGGAUUCGGCGAUGGGAAUGCCUCCAGAAUCCUUCAACGACGUGCCCGGCUACAACGUGUUGCCGUUCGCGCCCAACGUUCCUCCUCCUGGUCCCUCUCGACGACAAUAA